UCUUAGUUCCUACUUAGCGGAGCAUGCCUCCGACCAACCCUAUCGUGUUUUAUCCACGCUCCUUAUGGCCCUUAUGCUAGGGGUCCCUUUUUCGAGCUUCAGAUGGUUUUGUACUUAGUGAUUCUAUGAUAUCCUUUCGCUCUAAUAGUUCUGUUUGGCUUUUCUUGAUUUUCCUAGGACGUUUGAUCCUUGUCCCAACCUUCGGUCGUACAUAUACACACUUUUCCUUUUCUUGCUAAAUCCAGUGGUUAGGCAUUGUCAUUAGUCUGUUCGGUCUGUUAGUCGUUUUCUUACUGCAUAGCAUCUAAGUCGCGCCUUUGCGCACAUGCAACAUGGGGCAAGAUGAUGCCAAUUUGCCCGAAGCCUCUCAGAGCCCACACGAUGAGGUCUCUGCUGGUCUCUCGGGCCCGGCUAAUCAAGAAGCCCCCAUACAUGUGUCGCAUGAGGGUAUCGCGACUUCAGAUUUUCCCAGGGUAGAUACUUCUGUCUCGAUCUCGAUAGAGGAAAGUCCCCCGUCACCUGGUAUCACAAGGGACUCCUCAACUAUGGAACUUCUAGCAGCCUCUGCUCCCCAUGGUCGAACAGACUCAAUAAUAUCUGGCUCGUCAACAGCAGCCUCGUUGACGGAGCAUGAUGCCUCGCGACCUAUUAGUCAACACAACUUGUUAAAUUUGAAGCCAUCACUAUCUUCCCUCGCCAAACCUCCAGAGUCACAAGAAGGAGGAACCAUCCUCUCCCCUAUUCCUUCAGCCUCUCCUGGAAAUAGUGUUGGACCUGCAUCACCGAUCACUGCUCCUCAACCUCCCACUGCUGAUGCUGUUACUCCUCCAGCAACCCCCAAAGGCCAGGGUACCACACCACCCAACCAGCCGUCAAAGCUGAAGAAAACCUCUUCAAAUUUCUUCAGGAUCUUCACUUAUUCAACAUGGUGGGACAGAGUAUUUCUGUUCAUCUCCGCCGCCGCCGCAUGUGGCGCUGGUGUAGCCUUCCCCUUAAUGACAAUCGUCUUUGGCCAACUUGUUGGAGCUAUUGCAAGUGCUAGGUCCGAUUUGAACGCCGAUGGUGCAAAAGCACACUAUACUUCGCUCAUCAACGAAUAUUCCCUUUUCAUGGUGUACCUCUUUGUAGCUAGAUUUGUGUUGGGAUAUGUCGCUACUUUAGGAUUUCGUUCUAUGAGUUUACGCAUCUCUUCGGCAAUGCGUUUAGCUUACUUCAAAGCUCUACUUAGCCUACCUGUGUCUCUCUUAGAUACUCAACCCCCUGGCCAAGUCGCUGCCAUCAUCACAACUACAGCAAAUACUCUCCAGAACGGAAUAUCUGAAAAACUAGUCGCAAUAAUCCAGAAUUUGUCUUUGUUUGCUUCGUCAAUUGUCAUUGCUUUUACUCGAAGCUGGAAGUUGAGCCUAGUAACCAGCAGUGGCUUGCUUCUUAUCACUAUAACAUAUUGCCUCACUAUUCCUUUUGUCGUCAAGAAUUUGAAGGAGGUUGAGGAUGCCAACAUAAAAGGAUCUGCAGUCGCAAGCGAAGCUUUCGGCUCCAUUAGGAUGGUGGCUGCAUAUGGAGCUGAAAUCAAGAUGGUGAAGAAGUACAAGGAGUGGGUGGACGAGGCGCAGCGCAGAGGUCUUCGAUUGUCAAAGAUUGUCGCUAUUCAGCAAGGCAUUAUUUACUUCAGUGUUUAUGGGACUUUUGCUCUUACUUUCUGGUUCGCCGUCAAGUUGCUCCUUAAUCUGGAAAUUGACAACGUCGGGACGCUGAUCACGGUUUUGAUGUGCAUAAUGAUGAUAGUAAUGGGGAUUGGCGGAAUUGCGGCACCAAUUUCUGCCGCAGCUCGCGCAGCGGGCGCAGCCAGCAUACUCUUUAAUGGUAUUGAUGCGCCAAGUCAAGCCACCUCGGGACUCAAGUACCCUGACGUAUCUGCAUCGGGGGACAUCGUGCUAUGGGGCGUCAAUUUCACAUAUCCAACGAGACCGAAACUCAAGGUCCUCGAUAACUUGAAUUUAGUUCUUCCAGCAGGGAAAACCACCGCCAUCGUGGGUCCUUCGGGAUCUGGUAAGAGCACAGUUGUAGCACUUAUAGAACGAUGGUACGAGUUAGAUGGUGAUGCGGAAGACAAGAAAAUGGUCUCCCUUUUCCGCAAUGGCACCGUAAAAAUAGGGGGCACAAAAUUAACCGACAUAGAUCUCAAAUGGUGGAGAUCUCAAAUCGGCCUCGUUCAACAAGAACCAUUUCUUUUCAACACGACCAUUUUCCAGAAUGUUGCAAAUGGUUUAAUAGGCACAGAAUGGGAAAAUACCGAUAUUGCCAAGAAGAGGGAACUAGUAGAGCACGCCUGCAGGGAAGCGUUUGCCGAUGAGUUCAUCUCUCGUCUCCCAGAGGGCUACGAGACACAUGUGGGUGAUGCCGGUAUCAAGUUGAGUGGUGGACAGCGCCAGAGACUAGCAAUUGCUCGAGCCAUAGUCAAACAACCCAAGAUCCUAAUCUUGGACGAAGCAACAAGUUCAAUCGACGUUCGCGGCGAAAAGGUUGUCCAAGCUGCUCUCGAUAAGGUAUCCAAGGGCCGAACGACGAUCAUGAUAGCUCACCGGCUGUCGACAGUCAAGAAAGCAGAUAACAUUGUGGUACUCGCGAAGGGCAAAGUUGUCGAAUGGGGAACCCACGAAGCUCUCAUGGCCAAGGUUGGCGGGCCUUACUGGCUUCUUACUAAUUCUCAAAAACUGUCGAUGGGAGACACAGACUCCAUAGACACCUCAUCCGAGGUCACGGAAGUGGAAAAGAGGACCAUGGAUAUCAUGACUCUUGAUGAGACCAAGGAAGAACCCCGGGAUAGCGAAAGUACCGUGGUCGACGAGCCAGAGCACAAACAGAAGGGUGUGCUUAGAAGCUUCGGUGCACUACUUGUAGAGCAGAAGCCAUUUUGGCCAUGGUACACGGUGAUGUUGUCUAGUGCUUUAGUUGCUGGUGCAAGUCCGCCUGUGCAGGCAUUCAUAUUCGCAGCGCUCAUUUCGUCAUUCGCAUAUUGGGGAGACACUUUGGUCGCGCUGACUGAUUUCUGGUGCCUCAUGUUCGUCGCAUUAGCAUCCGCGGCUGGCGUAGGCUACUUUGCUCUGGGCUUUUCCUCAACGGUUGUUUCUUUCAAAAUCACUUCUACUUAUCGCCGGGAGUACUUCCAAAACAUUGUCUCCAAGAGAGUAUCUUGGUUCGACGGCGAAGGCCGGUCGAUAGGAGCUCUAACGGGAAUCGUGGCUAGUGAUCCUACCCAGCUGCAACAACUACUCGGAAACAACAUGACGUUCGCCGCAAUUUCAAUUUUUAGCGUGGUCGGGUGCUUGAUCAUAUCCUUCUACUUCGGAUGGAAGCUCACUAUCGUCGCACUAUCAUCAGCGACACCCCUGGCCGUCGCCGCCGGUUUCUUCCGCAUCCGGGUUGAAAAGAGGUUCGAGGCCAUGAACCUGAAGGUCUUCGCUGAGAGCGCCAAAUUCGCCACCGAGUCAAUCGGAGCUAUUCGGACAGUGACUGCACUGACACUCGAGGAAGGCAUCUGUGAAAGAUACGAAGAAUUACUGCAGACGCAUGUGAAGAAGGCCUUCGUCCGAGCUCGAUUAGCUACAUUGGUAUUUUCAGCAAGUGACAGCCUGCCAUUCCUUUGCAUGGCUUUUGUUCUAUGGUAUGGAGGCAGCCUGCUUGUGAAAGGCGAAUAUCAGACGUUUAAUUAUUUGGUUGUAUAUAUUGCCGUGAUCCAGGGUGCCACAGGAGCAGGACAAUGGCUCAGUUUUGGACCUAAUAUUGCGCAAGCGACCAUAGCGGCAAACAGAAUUCAGGCUAUGAGACAGAAAGAUGAGGACGAUGGAGGCAUCACUCUAAAUGAACCAGUUGACGAGGAAAAGCGAGGUGUCAAGAUCGAGUUACGAGAUGUUUGGUUUAGAUACCCGACGCGAGAUGCCCCUGUAUUAAACGGGUUGACCAUGACUAUCGAAAAAGGUCAAUUCGCCGCCAUCGUCGGCCCGUCUGGCUGUGGAAAGACCAGUGUCAUCUCUCUAUUGGAAAGAUUUUACAGUGUCAAAUCCGGAAGCAUCACGUACAACGAUAUCGAUAUUGACACUAUCGAUCUAAGGGACUACCGGAAAACAAUUUCACUGGUAGCCCAGGAGCCAUCCCUGUUCAACGGCACUAUCCGAGAAAACAUCCUUCUCGGAGUGGAUCCUGACACUAUCUCCGACGAGGAACUGGAACAAGUUUGUCGCGAUGCCGAAAUACAUGACUUCGUGAGCUCGCUCCCAGAAGGCUAUAAUACGAAAGUGGGUAUCAGGGGUGUAUUACUAUCCGGCGGGCAGAAACAGCGAAUAUCGAUUGCUCGAGCCCUGGUCAGGAAUCCACGACUCCUUCUCCUUGACGAAGCUACGUCUAAUCUCGACUCGGAGACGGAGAAGCUAGUGCAAGGUGUCUUUGAGAGGACGAAGAAAAGUAGGACUAUGAUAGUGGUCGCCCACCGGCUCGCUACCAUUCAAAACGCCGACAUUAUCUUCGUCGUUGGCGAUGGGCAGGUUCUAGAAUCUGGCACCCAUAGUACUCUCCUUCAGAGGCGAGGUGUAUAUCACAGCAUGUGUCAGGCACAAGCGUUGGAUCGAUAAAUUGGUUCCAUGUUAUUUAUUGAGCUUAGACAGGUCUUGGUAAUGAGAACAUCACGAACUGUAGUAAUGUCGGCAAUGCAGAAAUCAGAACAUGCAAAUUAAUUUGAUCGUCUUGCGAGAAUAGAAAAUAAGGAGUACAUACCACAUCAUGCAAUUUACAAUUUACCACAAUUUACAAUUAACAAUUCUCAA